CAGAUUCCUCUGUAGGACUUGUUUCUGGCCUUGAGUUUGCUGUCACGGUUAAGACCGAUCUGAGCCAUCUGUUUAUUCGUUGACGAUCCAUCUGACCGUGGGGAGUUGUCGGAGGGAUCGGGUUUUGUCGGGAAGAUCGAUCUGAGUCCUUUCGGUGUUGUGGUCGUGAUCGAUCGGCGUCGAUAUAGAAUGGCUCUCUACCCGUUCUUCCGGGAUUCGAACAUGGGAUCUCUGGCGGACACGAUGCGGCAGAUGAUCUCGAUGGGUGAUAACAUGGUGAGAGGGCUCGACGAGCCCACUCGCGCGUUCAUGCGGGAAUCGAGCGCUAUGGCCAACACAUCGGUGGACGUGAAGGAGACGGCCACGGCGUUCCAGUUCGUGGCUGAUUUGCCCGGACUUAGUCGGGAGGAGGUUAAGGUGCAACUGGAGGACGGCAACACACUCGUCAUCAGCGGCGAGCGUCAUCGCGAGACGAAGGAGGGAGAGCCUGGUGCCAAGUACCAUCGCAUGGAGCGAAGCACGGGAAAGUUCAUGCGACGCUUCACGUUGCCGCAGAAUGUGGAGGUGGAGAAAAUUGGCGCGCAGUGCAAGGACGGACUCCUCACUGUCACGGUACCGAAGGCUCCGCCCAAGGAGCCGGAGAAGCCCAAGGAAGAAGAAGAGAAGUUGAAGGAGGUGGAUGAAGAAGAGGAAGGACCGCCACUGCAAAGGAGUAGUGGGCAGCCCAGUAGUAAUACCGGUGGAGACCURGAGAAGAGGAUAUCUGAAUGGGUUGCCAACCUGACUGUGGGAGAAGAGGAAGAGGUUAGUAUGUACAUCCCGCAGGAUCAGCAAGAAGCCGCCAUGAAGGCUUGGGAGGUAGAGAAAGACCCUCUGAAAUGUCAAGCGUUGGAAGACGAGAAGAGGAUGGAAUGGAAAUUAGCGGUGAUGCGGGAGAAGAAGAGGAGAAUUGACAAGGCAGCGGAGGCGGCAGAGGCCUUAAAGGAAGUGAAGAACAUAGAGGCGCAAUUAGCCGCCCAACCCGAUCUCCCGAAUAAGAUGCGAGUUAUAGCUCGAAGCGUUGCAUGCCUGGCACGGGUUCAGGCAGACCAAUAUGACUUUAGCAGAAGCCAGGACAUAGCGGUGCGCUCGAUACGGUUGGGCUUUCGAGACUUUGCUCGUGAGCUGGUAGGCGCCGUUGGAGUCGAGGUGGGUCAUCGCCUCGACAAGACUGAACGGUUUUGCGCCGGCGCCAUUGAAGGCGUCAAGGCGGCAGCUCCCAAGGAGGAGGAAGCACGUCCUCCUCGCCGGGAGCCUGGCAAAGUUAAGUUCCCCGAUUCCUACAGCGGGAAGAGGGAGGAAAACUUUGACAAUUGGGAGGCCAACGUUAAGACCUAUGUGCACUUGCAACAGGUCUCCCUAGAUCAGCAAGUCCUAAUUGCUAUCCACGCACUGAGAGAUGAGGCCGCCAAUUUUGCAAGGUCCCUAGCGUAUUUUCGCCUAGAGAAGUAUGGGAAAGUGGAAAAGGUCCUCCACUCCCUGACUCUCUUCGUAGAAGAUAGCCUCCUAUUCGACAUUGUUCUGGGAAUGGAUUGGGGAGAGGCAGCCGGGGCCACGCUCCAUUUGAAGGAGCACGAGUGUAGGCUGCUUGGUUCGUCAGGCGAGGCCAAGACUACCCGCCUGUUUCAUGUGUCAGGGGCAGAGAAUUCCUUGGCGCACUGCUGCCUUAGUGCCCCCUCGUUCACCAGAUUGGUGAAAAAGGAGAAACGAGAGGAACAGGUUUUUAUUGCCUAUGUCAGGCCAGUGACUGAGCCUAAGGAAGAGAAGCCCGUAGACCCUGCUAUCGCCAAAUUGCUGGAAGAGUUUGAGGAUUUAACUGAGCCGCCGACAGGCACGGUGCCGCGGCCCAUCCAGCACCGUAUUGAGAUAGAGCCUGGCAGUAGAACUCCUAAGGGUGCUGUAUAUAGGAUGUCCCCGCGGGAGUUGGAGGAUCUACGGAAGCAGUUGGACGAGCUUCUCGAAAAGGGUUAGAUUAGGCCCAGUUCGUCUCCUUUUGGAGCCCCUGUUCUCUUUGUCCCUAAGAAAGAGGGAGGGCUGAGGAUGUGUAUAGACUAUAGGGGUCUGAAUGCUAUUACAGUAAAGAAUGCUGAGCCAC